AUGUCCAGCAGAGACUACAUCCCUCCGCACCCAGGGCUUGGAGUGCUCCUCAAGGACACCCUCUCCCUGAGGUCUCCCCAGGCCCACAGUGUCAUGCCUGCCUCCUGGUUUCUGUGCCAGGGAAGUGCCCCAGAGCUGAACCUGUGGCACCAUGGCCUGGGGCCCCAGGGGGCCCGGGCUCUGGCUUCCAUGCUGACCUCCAAUCGCUGUGUCAAGUGGCUGGAGCUUUCGGACACUGGGCUGUGCGGGGCUGGUGCACAGGUCCUGGCAGGUGUCCUGAGCAGAAGCAGCAGCAUCUGUAAUGUGGACCUGUCAGAGAACCAGCCGGGAGUGGUGGGUGCCCAGGCUGUGUGUGCUGCCCUCACAGUGACCCCGGCCAUGCAGAGGGUACAGCUGGCAGGGAACAGCCUGGAGGAGCAGGCGGCCCAGUACCUUGCUGAACUCCUGCUGGCCCACAUGGGCCUGAAACCCCUGGACCUGAGCUACAGCCAGCUGAGUGACCAAUCAGGGUGGACACUUGGACCAGCCCUGGCAGAAAACACAGGACUCACUGAGCUUGACAUGAGCUGGAGUCAUGUUCAAGGCCCAGGAGCCAUGGCCUUUGCCAGGGCACCAGAGGAAAACAUCUUCCUGAGAGUCCUGGACAUCUCAUACCAUGGCUUUGGAGAUUCUGGACCCUCCAAGGUGAGUGAGGCACUUAAGAUCAACAACGUGUUGGAGGAACUCAACAUGAGCCACCUGUCGGACGAUCCCCCAGAUGGCCCAUAG